UAGCCGGGAAAAUAGCACCCUUGUCUCUGACCCGAGCCCCUCCCUCCUUAUAUAGCUCACGCCUCACUGAUCCCUUCCCCACUCCCUUCUCGCAAACCAGGAUCUUACUCCCUAUACUGCAUCUUCUGCACCUAUCUUUAGAGAAGAGAGAUAGAGAUGAAGAAGGGAGAAGAGAUGGGGCAGCAGUUGGAGGACACUGCGCUGACCAAAGUGUUCGUAGGUGGGCUGGCUUGGGAGACGAGCAAGGACGUCCUCAAGGCUCACUUUGACGAGUACGGUGAGAUCAUUGAAGCCGUCAUCAUCUUCGACAAGGUUACCGGCCGAUCGAAGGGCUAUGGUUUCGUGACAUUUAAGGAGGCUGAAGCAGCGAAGAAGGCAUGCGAGGACGCCACGCCGGUGAUCAACGGCCGACGGGCCAAUUGCAACCUGGCAUCGCUCGGAGCCCGCCGCGCCAAGUCCUCUCAUCCUGCCAUCCCCUCCCACCGGCCGGGAUCGAGGGGGGUGUCAACGCGACCGCCGGCACGAUGGUACUACUCAUCGGGAACGCCACCGCCACCAUCUCCCUUCCCCCACUUCCACGGCUUCCCUCCCUUCUCCUCCGCCGCCUACGGGUAUCCACCCUCAUAUGCGGCAGGAAUGGGCUACAACCCGAAGCUAAGCCACACGGCCGGGAGGGGGCCCUACGUGCAGGGGCAGUUGCAACAAUCAGCAUACCCAGGGCAAGGAGGCAUGGUGAGUCCAAAUGCAGUCGUGCCCAUGUACCCACUGUAUCACUUCCAAUACCAGCAAUUACAGACCAUGGGAGUUCCCACCCACCACCACAUAUUCCCUCCAAUGCAAGCAGCCGGCACAGUAGACACCACCAUAUCCAAGCCCACUGCAGUGCCUACAACUAAAGUAGAAUAAGUUACAAGCUGCAGCUGAAAGUGUUUAGAACAAGAGGCUUAGGUGGCAGAUGACAUCCGCUGAAGCGCUGUACUUUAGCCCUGGUUCUACUGGAUUCACAGAAAGCGCAAAUGUAACAAAAGAAGCUUUGUUCUGCUUACCGAAAUAUCUACGCCUUCAGUGAACUAUUGCAAGAACCUGUACACUCUCAAACGAUCACAUUCUUCUGCCAUAAAGUUGCAGCUUUUUCCUCCUAACUUCAUUCUUCAUUGGUUGUUGAUGGUCACCAGGCUUGGUUUUUAUAUCUAAACUUGCAGAUAAAUUGUGCCCGCCAUUGCAUCGAUUACACCAACAGAUAAACAACCAAAUGGCUUGAUGACUGUUUUUGCACAGAUUGUCAUUCUCUUCUGAAGAUUUCUUUUUUCAUUUAAGAGCGUUUUCUUUUGGACAAGAAGUUUGCAGCAGGUGUUACCUAAACGUGAACCUAACAUCCUCACAUACCAGCAAGCUCAGAGUUUCUCAAAAUAAGCUGUCUUACUUUGUCAAGAAACUAAUAUCAAAUUAAUUUCUUUCA